GUAAAUUGCCGGAAUAAUUAAUUAAUGCGCUCCCGCAAGACUCCCGUCGGAUGAUUUUUUCUGAUUUUGAUCCGUCUCCGUCGAUCGAACAGCUGGAAUGAAUUUUUGAUAACUUUUUCCCGAGCGUUCGACUCCGCAAUCUUUUCCAUGUUUACAUUUUUUGAUUAACUUGAAAUUUUCCAGCUUUUAUCCGAUGCGAACGAACACUCCAAUGAAUGGACAAAAUUAUCCUGACAGAAAUGUUCAUUCUUUUCCUGAAAAUGUGUCUUCCCCAAAUCAAGUAAUGAAAAGAUUUGAAGAUAUGAGUAUUGCCUCAACUAAACCUCAGAUGGAAAUGAAUAUGCCAAGAUUUCCAAACACAAUUAAUAGUGUACCUAACAGAUAUAAUCAACCAGUUACUAAUAAUAUAAAUUUUAAUCAACCUGUUAAUAAACCUAGUAUAAAUUUUCAGAAAUCUGAUUUGAAUGCUCCUGGACAAAACAGUCAAUUUACAGAUUAUAGAAGUCAAACAUGUACAAAUCCUGUGUACAGUAAAAAUUCAAAUAUGAAUUUAGUUUCUCCACCUAGUGAAAUUCCUAAUUCAGUUCAAUCAUUAUCAAAUACUAAUCAGAAACAGUCAGAAUAUAUUCAGCCAAAUCAGAAUGCAUUUCCUAAAUUAAAUCAAUGCUCGAUGCAGCCAACACCAUUUGCUCCAUUUCCAUCUUUUAAUCCUCCAGCAAUGAAUCAGUUCCCUCCAAUUAAUUCUUCUAAUGCUUUUCCUCCACUUCAAAAUACAACUUCAUUUAAUUCAUCAUCUAAUGUUUAUCAAUCUCCUAUGGGAAAUGUCAAUGGUAGUACAUAUCCCUCAAAUUUGGAACAGUUUAAUUUGAAAAAUAUAUCAAAAAGUACUUCUAAUACUGUACCUCCCUACAUGGCUCAACAAACUUCUUUUCCUGGAAUGCCUCAAAGACAGCCACAUCCAACUAAUUCACAACCUUUUCAAAAUCCACCUGGCUUCCAGACUUCUCAGGGAAUGUUAAAUGCCAAUUUGGUUCCUGAUCCUAUUGUCAUAAUGGAAGAAGAUCGAAAGCUUCGAAAUACGCCAUUUCAUACUAAUGUUAGAGGCCAAGUUCCUCCUCUUGUUACAACAGAUUUUAUUGUUCGGGAUGAAGGUAAUAGCAGUCCAAAGUUUCUUCGUUCUACAAUUUAUAAUGUACCAUGUCAAUAUGAGCUGCUGAAACAGUCAUACUUACCUUUUGCAAUAAUUAUUACACCAUUUUCAAGACUACAUGACCAAGAGAUUCCACCUCCAAUUUCUGACUUGGGAGGUUUUGGACCCACAAGAUGUAAUCGAUGUAAAGCUUAUAUGUGUCCAUAUAUGAAAUUUAUGGAUGGUGGAAGACGAUUUCAAUGUGCUUUUUGUGAUGGUUAUACAGAAGUACCUCAAGAAUAUUUUGCAUAUUUGGAUAAUAUGGGUCAACGUACUGAUAAAUAUCAAAGACCAGAACUAUGUUUAGGUUCUUAUGAAUUUAUUGCAACCACAGAUUAUUGCAAGGUAUGUUUAAUUUUGUUAAAGUUUCAUAGGAUGAGAAAUACAAUUUUUAAUUUGUUGUGUAAUUUUAUUAAAUAAUAAAUAAUUUAUUUACCAAAGGAAGGUGAUGCCGAAGUCAGUGCAAUUAAAGUAGGUUUUGUGACUUACAGUAAUGCAGUCCAUUUUUUUAAUAUCAAGGGAAAAUUGACCCAACCUCAAAUGCUUACUGUUUCGGAUAUUGAAGAUAUGUUUGUUCCUCUUAUAGAUGGAUUUUUUGUUUCCCUAGAAGAAGCAGAAUCAGUAAUAGAUAGUUUAAUGGAACAGAUUCCAAUAAUUUUUGCCGAUUCGAUACAGACUGAAAUAAUUUUGGGCCCUGCCAUUCAAGCUGGCUUAGAAGCAUUGAAAGCAGCCGACCGUAGUGGGAAACUAUUUGUUUUUCAUUCUACUCUGCCUACUGCGGAAGCACCAGGGAAACUCAGAAAUAGAGAAGAUCGUGCACUACUGGGAACUGAAAAAGAAAAGAUGAUUACAAAUCCACAGAUACCUUACUAUACUAAGUUGGGUGAAGAAUGCGUCGCUGCUGGUUGUUCUGUCGAUCUAUUUUUAUUUCCGAACUCGUACGUGGAUGUCGCCACCAUUGGAGAAUUGUGUCGUGUGACGGGAGGACAGAUUCGUAAAUAUUCAUUUUUUCAGACUCGUGUCGACGGGGAAAGACUAGUGGAUGACAUAAAAAAUGUCAUUAGACGGUCGACUGUGUUUGAUGCCGUGAUGAGAGUGAGGACCAGUGCAGGUAUUAGAGCCACAAAUUUUUAUGGUGACUUCUACAUGGCAAAUACUACGGAUUUAGAAAUUUCGUCACUGGAUGAUAAAAAAAGUAUCACAGCAGAAAUUAAAUACGAUGACAAACUGCAGGAGGAGGCCGGAACAUAUCUUCAGGUCGCCACCCUCUAUACGAGCUGUAGCGGACAGCGUCGAAUUCGCUUACACAACUUAAGUUUGAACACCUGCUCCCAGAUGAUGGAUCUAUUUCGGGGUGCUUCUGGAGAUGCAAUUAUUCAUUUCUUUAUUAAAAGAGCUUUGAAACUCUUGUUAGAAGAACCUCCACAACAGGUUAAGGAAAGUAUCGGGCAUUCUGUGGUCGGCAUGCUGGCUGCAUUCAAGAAGGCAUGCACGUCUCAGUUGUCCUACGGUCAAAUACUUUUGCCAGAAAACUUGAAAUUAUUGCCACUUUAUAUAAAUUGUCUUUUGAAGAGUGAUGCAAUUAGUGGUGGUCCCGAUUUGACAGCCGACGAACGAAGUCUGGCAAUGUUGAAUGCAAAUGGCAUCGAUCUUUAUGGAACCAUUUGCUAUUUGUAUCCGAGACUCGUCUCUCUGACUAAUUUGGAUAUAAAGCCAACUGAUAUUACUUUAUUACGUUGUUCGGCAUCUAAUAUUAAAGAAAAUGGAGCCUAUUUAUUAGAGAAUGGUAUGUGUAUAUUUAUUUGGAUCGGACAAGCUAUCAAUACAAAUUGGAUCCAGGACGUUUUUAGCGUUCAGUAUAUUGGAGACGUUAAUCCUACCGAACCAAUUAUUCCAGAGAACAACAAUCCCCUUUCUCAGAGUAUUAGAUCGCUUAUUGAAAGAAUAAGAAAAGAAAGUGGUAAACAUUUACAGCUGUUCGUGGUCCGCCAGGGAGACAGGCUGGACGCGGUCUUCAGAAGACACCUGGUGGAGGACCAAGGGAACAGAGGAACGUCCUACCCGGAAUAUUUUAACCAGUUGCAGAGAGAGGUGGGCCAAGCUUCCGGCAAGUCUUAGAGAAUCAAAUUUACUUCCGGGUCUACGCAACGGAGAAAAGUAUUGGAAUUUUAAACUUAUUUUGUAUAUUUGCCGCAGGCUCCAAUUCGAAAUAUUUUGAUACGAUUAUAUACGUGGGAUGUUUCGUAACUAGUCGUUAGAAAUAGAAAAAUAAAGUGCAAUUUUCAAACACGUUAAAAUAAUAAUAAUCGAUAUUACGUAAUCUUUCUCGAAUGUUUUGUAUAUUAUUCGAGGAAGCAAUAUUGAUUGCACGUGUGGGUGGAAGAAAUUCAAAAACCAGUAGAUCCCCCCACAAGAAAGUAUACAUUUCCAUCGAUUGUGUACAAAGCUGGCAGAAUUAUUUUUCAAACAUUCUCUAUGCAUAUAAAUAUUUUGUAUAUUAAAAAGCGGAUUUAAAAUAUUUUAAUACGAUAUCGAGAACUGGAGAAUUACUAAUCAAUUUUUUUUAUUUUAGAGAGAAUAUAUUUUAUUUAAAUAAAAUGUCUUCCAAACAUAUUUGAUGUACUGUACCAUAAUAUAUUAACAUUUACAAUAAACUGCUUGUGGAGCAAUUCUCCUUUCAAAGUUUGCCAGUGUUGCUUUCUUCGAAGAUAAAGUGGCGUUUGAAAUACCCCCACCGCAAUAUUUU